CUCUGAAGAACUGUUGACGGUACAUGGAAAUCCCGUCAUCGGCGUUAUGCCUGCGGAAUCGGUGUUAUCUCCAUCCAGAGAUUGAGUGAGUAGGAUAUUUGAUCGUGUCACGACGCACAGGCCCUGGGCUUUUUUUCACCCCUCCUGUCGCUCCACAUGAUGUUUCUUCGUCUUCUCACAUCAUCAUUUUCAUGGGCAUGAUGCUUGAGCUCUCUCACCUCACACAGGCGACACAUCACAUCUGCAGGUAACCGUGUGGCGGCUUGGAUGUAAGUGCGAGACGGAUACUUCAAGAAUGGAAUAAAAGGAGCGUGGAGACGUCUGGAACAACUUGAGUCAGAUCCAUAAAUAAAAGACAUUUUUAAAAAAAGGCUGGAAAAGAGCUGUGGAGUGAGGAAGAGAGAAGUACAAGAGGUUGUGAAGAUGGGGUGUGGUCAGACGACCUUUCUCCUGGACUCUACAGUUCACUCCUCAAAGCUGGAGUCUCCUCGCUAAAACCCCGAGCAGCUUGUUUCACCUGCUGGAGGAGCCCCCACCCUCGGUGAUGUGAUGAAUAAGUUUGAAGUCCUUGGCAUUGUGGGAGAAGGAGCAUAUGGAGUGGUGCUUAAGUGCAGACAUAAGGAAACCAAUGAGCUGGUGGCCAUUAAGAAGUUCAAAGACAGCGAGGAAAAUGAGGAGGUCAAAGAGACGACCCUUCGGGAGCUAAAGAUGCUUCGGACACUGAAGCAGGACAACAUUGUGGAGCUGAAGGAGGCUUUUCGCAGGAGGGGGAAACUCUACCUUGUCUUUGAAUAUGUCGAGAGGAACAUGUUGGAGCUUUUGGAGGAACUGCCCAAUGGUGCGCCGCCUGAUAAAGUCCGCAGCUACAUCUACCAGCUCAUCAAAGCCAUCAACUGGUGUCACACGAAUGAGAUAGUACACAGAGAUAUCAAGCCGGAGAACCUCCUCAUCAGCUCGGAGGAUGUGCUAAAACUCUGUGACUUUGGUUUUGCUCGUAACCUGUCAGAGGGAACAGAUGCCAACUACACCGAGUAUGUGGCUACAAGGUGGUACCGCUCGCCUGAGCUGCUGCUGGGGGCUCCCUAUGGAAAGGCGGUGGACAUGUGGUCGGUGGGGUGUAUCCUCGGGGAGCUGAGUGAUGGACAGCCCUUGUUUCCAGGGGAAAGUGAGAUAGAUCAGCUCUUCACCAUUCAGAAGGUUUUGGGGCCACUUCCUGCAGAGCAGAUGAAACUCUUCUACAACAACCCUCGCUUUCAUGGAAUCAGGUUUCCCUCAGUUACACAUCCUCAGACUUUGGAGAGACGGUACCAGGGCAUCUUGAGUGGCUUGAUGUUGGAUCUGAUGAAGAACCUGUUGCUGCUAAACGCGACUGAGCGUUACCUGACGGAGCAGAGUUUGAAUCAUCCGGUCUUCCAGCCUCUGAGGCAGGCAGAGAGAGAGAGGCCUCCUCCUGCGUCUCCAAACCCGCCGCGCUCCUCCAAGAGAAAAACACACCAUCAUGGAGAGAACACUGUUCCCACAAGGAGUCAUACUAAGAGCUCGAGCCGUCGCUCCAACAGCAAAGAAUGUUCCAGCCUCCCUCGCCAUGGCGACCUCCAUCACCUAAGCAACAAGAGUUUCCUCAAUGGUAACAAACCGGCUCCGUCCAGUUUAAGUCCGACACUCCACCCCAAGGGUCAGUACAUGUCCCAGACCCUCAAUCGUUCUGCCUCAUCCAACAAAGACCUGGCUAACAACAACCUGCCGCACCUCCUCAGUCCCAAAGAAGCCAAAGGCAAGACAGAGUUUGAUUUCAGCUUGGGACCGUCCCCAAAGCUGCCCGACCAGGGACACGGGGCAAAGUACGGUCACAGCAAAACCAGCUCCUCUCGCUCUCAGCAGCAGCAGCAGCAGCAGCAGCAACAGCAGGCCGGCCGCCACACCUUCCUGGAAGGUAAAACCAACACGCUGCAGUCUGGAGGAGAGAAACAACAUGGCCGACACACCCACAGCAUGGCGGACUCUGCCCACGGAUCCAUGUCCUCCUCCUCUAAGAGCUCAGCCUCCUAUCUCAGCCUGUCCAAGAGCCACAGCGCGCUGAGUGAUGCCAAAUCUGUAGGGAACCUCAGCGAUGGUCGACUCCACCCAGACGACCCAAAUUCUAACACGUCUGCAGGGGUGGGACCCGGGGCCCGCUUUUUCCCCGCCAGCUGUUUAGACCUCAACACCCCCUCAGGUCCCCAGGGGCCACCUGGUAGCCCCUCUGCUCGACACAGCGAUAGAUCUGGGCACAGCCCUGCCUCUCGUAGCAGCGGCAAUGUCCGCAUGGAGAGCAGCACACUGGACUCCUCAUCCAGACACAAAUCCAGACAUAAAGCUUUGGCACCAGAGGAGGCUGGUGCUCCAGAGCUCUUAGACCCGGGAGGAGCAGGGAUGCCCUCCACUCACACUCUGCCUUCCCCUCACGAGUCUUAUCACUACGGUCUGGGCUACACCUCCCCCUUCUCCUCUCAACAACGGCCUCAGCGCCACUCCAUGUAUGUGAGGAGGGAGCGCCACCGACCACAUGGGAUUGAAGGUGGGAUGGCGGGUCUGCCUCCACCGGGGCAGGCGAUACCAACACGUGCCAGCAGCCUGCAGCUCCUCUCCCCCCAACUGCAGCACCGGACCACCCUCACCGGACACUCAGUGAGCUCAUCGAGAGAGGACUGCACUGAUGACAUGACGAGGAGUGAGCAGUCACCUAAAGACAUGAGCCACCCUUGUGCCCCCAUCAAAGACUCUACGAGGGACAACACAGCUGCUUUUCAUACACAACGCUCUAAAAACGAGGUUGGCAUGUAUCACGACCCUCAUGUUGAGGAUGGAAGCUCCUCCAAGGAGAACCGGAUGAUAUUCACUGAGUCCAUGCCCCGGAGAGUUGGCAGCUUCUACCGAGUCCCCUCCCCCAGACCAGACAACUCCUCUUUCCAUGACGGUGUCGGCCAGGGUCGAGGACCAGUUGGACCGGUUGGACCUGUUGUACCCGGAGACCCCGUUGCCAUGGUCAACCACUCCAAACGCCAGACGGCUUUUGACUGGACUGCCACAGAAGCGAUGGUCAUGAAUCCUCCAGAGCCUGCCAAAGAGAAGGAAAAACAAGGCUUCUUUAGAGCCAUUAAAAAGAAAAAGAAGAAGACACAAAUAACGGACAUGGAGGACGGGAGGAACCCCAGCAUCAAGAAAAGCCUUUUCCCCCUCUUUAGCUCUAAGAAUAGCUUAAAGCACAACUCAGCUGUCAAAGUCCUACCUGUAGUCGCCUCGCCCAUGGUACAACACCAGCCUACCGCGCCCUACCCUGCCUCACCAGUUCCUGGUAACGGACAAGAACACCUGUCCCUUCAGAGGAGCUCCAAGUCGUCCUCUCACCAUGGCAGCCGACGGAAAAACCGUGAGCGAUCCCGAGACCGGGACCGGGAACAGAGUCGGGAUCGAGACCGAGACAGAGAGAGGGAGAGGGAACGGGAGAGAGAAAGAGAGAGAGAAAGGGAGAGAGAGAGGGAAAGAGGGAGGGAGAGAGACAGAGUGAAUGACUGGCCACCAGACAAACCAGUGGACUCACACUCACAGAGUCAGCCACUCAAGUCGCUCCGCAGGCUCCUCCACCUCUCUCCUUCUUCCUCAAACCAAGGACAGCCUCCUCCUCCUCCUCCUCCAGACCUGCGCUUCCAAGCCCCCCUCCCCAACCCUCCUCAGCCCUCCUCUAAAGCGGGCUACCCCGAGGGUCGAGGGCACGCCGAGAGCAGGGGGCACGCUGAGAGCAGGGGGCACGCUGAGAGCAGGGGGCACUCUGGAGUGAGCAGCUCUGCCCAGGCGAAGAGCCGCAAGGCCAGCUACCCCCUCCCCGGACAGAUCGAGUCCAGCUGGCACGUCUCCGCUUUGCAGCGGGCGGAGGGUGCUCAGUUCACCCCCGAACAACUGGGCAUCAAACCGGGGCAGAACGGACCCACCUUUACCCGAGCCUCUCGCACCAGAAUGCCAAACCUCAACGACCUAAAGGAGACCGCGCUGUAACCCCCCGACCCCAAACCACACCACCUCUAUGUCUCCAUCCUGGAAGCAUCUGCCAGAGGCAGACAUCAUGGUACUGUAGUAAAAGUUUACAUGAAAGUCUAUUUUACUGGAUCCAGUCCUCAUUCAGAAACAUAGUUAUUGUCGAUGCUCAUGUCUCUGAAAUCUACAAAGACUAGACACUGCAAGGGCAAACACCAGUAACAGUGUUGUUUAGGGAUUUAAAGACAGGGAAGUGCCAACUCCCUCUGGGAAGCCAGCACUGUAUCAGUUGUAUUAUUCUCUCUCUACAUAACAAGGCUAGAACAUCAGAGUAAAGCUGAUCUUUCCUGUCAAGGAGACACUGCCCACGUGGCCUCUUUGCUGCCAUCUUCUGCUCACAGGACACUACAGCAAAGCAACACAUCAGAC